UCGCCUUCCCCCUUUCCCCCGCAGCCACAAGGUGUUCCGCGUGCAGCCCACGACGCACACUCAGGUGACGACGCUGAACCAGCUCCUGGAGAGCGGCGACCUGGACGCCUGGACCAAGUCCAGGGAGCUGGACUCUCCCUGGGACAUCAUGGUCAACCCAUUGAGCGCGGCCGAGCUCAAGAAGACGCUCCAGGAGCACGACAUCAAAUGGGAGGUGCUCAUCCCCGACGUGGCCAGGACAUUACAGAGGGCAGCGUCCGAACCCACAGUGACGUCCAGGUCGGCGUCGGGCACCGUUGGUGGGGCGCGCUACCUGCGGUACAAGGAGGUCGGUGACUACAUGAACGACCUGGUCAAGCGCUACCCCGACAUGGUGACGGUCAAGUCCAUCGGCAAGACGAGCGAGGGCCGAGACCUCAAGGUGAUUCAGAUCUCGUCGGGGAAGUCCGAUGCCGAGGCCGAGGCCAAGGCCAGGAAGGACGACAGCGGCGUGGAGCAGGAAGACAAGCCCAAGUCCAAGCCGGUCGUGUGGAUCGACGCGGGGAUACACGCGCGCGAGUGGAUCGCGCCCGCCACGGCGCUCUACAUCGUGCACCAGCUGGUGGAGAACGCCACGCACACGGCCAGCCUCACGCGGGACGUGGACUGGCACGUGCUGCCCCUCAUGAACCCCGACGGCUACGAGUACUCGCACACCACG